AUGAGGCCUGAGUCGGGAGUCCUCCCGCCGCCUAAUCUGGCGGCAGCGGUGUCACCCGCCUCUACCAUUUCCCAGGAACCCGACGACUGCUACUUCACGGCCAAGGCGGUGCCCAUCCGUGCAUCGGUGGCCCUGUCGGGUGCAACUUCGACGUCACACCUUUCCUACUACUAUCACCACUCGCCUGCGACGCUGAGCACGGGCAACUUUACCAACAAUAACUCGUCUCCGUCCCCCUUGCUGUCCCCGGGCGCCUCUCCGCUUCUAUCGCCCAACUCGGCUCGCAAUAGCAGUGCCUUCGUCACGCCUGCCGAGUUCCCCCCGCCGCCGGGCCACAGCCAUCCCAGCUUUGUCUUCCGGAGGUCUCAGACCGCCUCGUUUGCGUCACCCUCUGCGGCCGGGGGCACUCCUUCUUCCCACUCGCCGGCCGUUGCCGCAAAAUCGCCACCAGUCGACGGUCUCCGCGUAAACAGCACAUCCUCAAUGAUAUGGGACUCGUCAUCGCCGGGAUUAGGACUUUCAUUAACACGACCACCUCCCAGGGUAGAAGACGACGGCAGUAGAGAAUCGACGACAUGGCUGUCAUCGCCAUCACUGCUCCCCCACCCACCGUCCGUCAACGGCAAGGACGCGCACAUUCGGCCGCUCUUCUCGUCGGCCCGGCAAUCAGCGCUGUCGACGACGGGGACGCUGGGCACGACGCCGGGACCGACCCCGCCGCCCAAGGAGUACCACCCGACGUUGUCGCCCGUGACCAAUGACUACUUUUCGCCGCUGGCGCCCAUGGUGACAUCGUUUCAGCCGCCGGCGCCACAGCCACCACUUCCGCCUCAGCCAACACAGCAGCCGACGACAUUGACGGGCCUGUCGCGCAACGGCAAACCGUUGCCCUUGGACCUACCAGGGACGACAACGACAACGAGGGUCGGCGGCGCGGGGGGAGCAGCCGAUUCGACAUUAUCACCCAUCUCGCACCCGCCGCCCACGGCAACCUCGCAGUCGUCCCUCUUGUCCCCCAUCUCGCAACACAGCCCCGUCUCGAACCCGGCCCUGAGCCCGCUGACGGUACACACCCUGGCCCAUCUCUCCAACACGGCGCUGCGGUCCCCUUCGCUGACGUUCAUCGACACGGACGACGAGAAGCAGCCCAUGCAGGGCACCAUUGGCCGGUUCGGGUCCACGGCCAGCCGCCCGCUCACGGGCGCGCAGCGCGACCGGCUCCUCCAGCUCAAGCGCGACUAUGACCGCCGGCAGGGGUACGGACAGGGGGACGAGGAAAAGGGCGGCCGGUGGGGCGUGCGGAGCCGCGACGGCAGUUCUAGCUCCUCCUCUGCGCGCACCAUUCUCCUCGCCCUCGGUCUCGGCUUGUUGGCGCUCGGGGGUAUCGUUGGCAUUAUCGUCGCUCUGACGGUUGCGCAGGGUGGGCACAGUUGA